AUGACUGGCAGUUGCUCUUGGGUGACUGCAGCCUCUCUGCCACCACUCCCAGGGGGUGGCCAGGCCCCGUCUCCUGAGGCCGUUCCACCUGACCCUGCAGAUGGUGCAAGGGUAGUGGAGGGGGCACCACCAGCCUGGGUCUCAGACAUGCCAGGACCCGAGAUUGAAAGAGGUGGCUGUGGAGAUCCUGGAAUACCAACAUAUGGGAAAAGAACUGGGAACAGUUUCUUACAUGGAGACACAUUAACAUUUGAGUGUUUGUCUGCUUUUGAGCUAGUAGGAGAGAGAAUGGUUACCUGCCAGCAGAAUAACCAGUGGUCUGGCAACAAACCCAACUGUGUCUUUUCCUGUUUUUUCAAUUUUACUGCACCAUCUGGAAUUAUUCUUUCACCAAACUACCCAGAAGAAUAUGGAAAUAACAUGAAUUGUGUGUGGCUGAUCAUUUCUGAGCCGGGCAGCAGAAUUCAUCUCAUUUUUAAUGAUUUUGAUGUUGAGCCUCAAUUUGACUAUCUUACUGUAAAGGAUGAUGGAACUUCAGACUCACAGGUUCUCAGCACUUUCUCAGGUGAUGAACUUCCUUCACAACUGGCCAGCAAUGGACAUGUCGUUCGACUUGAAUUUCAGUCUGAUCAUUCUAUCACAGGAAGAGGCUUCAACAUUACUUACACAACUUUUGGCCAAAAUGAGUGCCAUGAUCCCGGAAUCCCAAUUAAUGGAAAACGUGUUGGUGACAGAUUCCUUCUGGGAAGUUCUGUAUCUUUCUACUGUGAUGAAGGCUUCAUUAAGACACAAGGCGCUGAAUCAGUGACUUGCACAAUGCAUGAUGGUAAUGUCGUAUGGAAUUCAUCAGUUCCAAGAUGUGAAGCUCCCUGCGGAGAACAUCUGACAGCCUCAAGUGGUGUUAUUUUGUCUCCUGGCUGGCCUGGAUACUAUAAGGAUUCAUUGAACUGUGAAUGGGUGAUUGAAGCAACUCCAAGAGAUUCCAUCAAAAUUACUUUUGAAAGGUUUCAGACAGAAGUUAAUUAUGACAUACUUGAAGUACGAGAUGGUCCUACUAGUACAUCCCCAUUAAUUGGCGAAUACCAUGGAACACAAGCACCGCAGUUCCUGAUUAGCACUGGCAAUUACAUGCACCUCCUGUUUGUUACAGACAACAGUCGCUCAAGUGUUGGCUUCCAGAUCCGUUAUGAAAGUGUUAUGCUUGAAUCUGAUUCCUGUCUGGAUCCAGGGAUUCCUGUAAAUGGCCUCAGACAUGGACAUAAUUUUGCCAUCGGAGCUACAGUAUCAUUCAGCUGUGAUCCUGGAUAUACUUUAAGUGAUGAAGAACCUCUAGUUUGUGAUAGAAAUCAUCAGUGGAACCAUGCACUACCCAGUUGUGAUGCACUUUGUGGUGGUUAUAUUCAUGGCAGAAGUGGAACAAUGUUAUCUCCUAGCUUUCCUGAUUUUUACCCAAAUUCAUUAAAUUGCACCUGGACAAUUGAAGUAUCUCAUGGAAAAGGAGUGCAGCUUACCUUCCACACUUUUCACCUUGAAACCUCCCAUGACUAUUUGCUCAUCACAGAAGACGGAAGCUUUUCAGAACCAGUUGCACGGCUCACUGGCUCAGUCCUGCCACCAUCAAUUAAAGCUGGCCUCUUUGGAAACUUUACUGCUCAGCUCCGCUUCAUUUCUGACUUCUCAAUUUCUUUUGAAGGCUUCAACAUUACAUUUUCAGAAUAUGACCUUGAGCCAUGUGAUGAUCCAGGAGUCCCAGCUUUCAGCAGGAGGUUUGGUUUCCAGUUUGGAGUAGGAGACUCCUUGUCCUUUACUUGCUUUCCAGGAUAUCGACUAGAAGGGGCAUCUCGGAUUACUUGUCUUGGUGGAGGUCGGCGUGUGUGGAGUGCACCCCUGCCAAGGUGUGUGGCUGAAUGUGGAGCAACUGUUCAUGGCUAUGAAGGAACUCUUCUGUCACCAAACUACCCAGCUAAUUAUGACAAUAACCAUGAGUGUAUCUACAAAAUAGUGACUGAACCUGGGAAGGGAAUUCAUCUUCAAGCCAAGACAUUCAGCCUGGAAGAUGGAGACAUUCUGAAGGUGUAUGAUGGACAAGACAGCAGUUCACGUCUCGUUGGAGUCUUCAGUAGAAAUGAGUUCUUAGGUGUAGUCCUUAACAGUACAUCCAACCACAUGUGGCUUGAAUUUAAUACAAAUGGUUCUGAUACUGGACAAGGAUUCCAACUCUUUUACAGCAGUUUUGAUCUAGUGAGGUGUGAAGAUCCAGGCAUCCCAAACUAUGGUUAUAAGACUCAAGAUGAAGGUCAUUUUGCUGAGACAACAGUUACAUUUAACUGCAACCCUGGCUAUACCAUGCAUGGAGAAAGUGUUCUGACAUGUCUAAGUGGACCUCGCAGAGUUUGGGAUAAAUCUUUGCCAUCAUGCAUAGCUGAAUGUGGUGGAAACAUUACUGGAGCUGUCUCAGGAAGAAUCCUCUCACCUGGUUACCCGGCACCAUAUGACAACAAUAUACAUUGUACAUGGACUAUUCAAGCAGAUCCUGGAAGGACAAUCAGUCUCCAUUUCAUUGUCUUUGACACUGAGACUUCUCAUGAUAUUCUGAAAGUGUGGGACGGCCCUUUAGAAAGCAAUAUUUUCUUGAAAGAAUGGAGUGGCCCUGCCCUGCCUGAAGACAUCCACAGUACUUUCAACACAAUAACCUUGCAGUUUGACAGUGACUUCUUCAUCAGCAAGUCUGGCUUUUCAAUCCAGUUUUCAACUUCUGUUGCUGCCACAUGUAAUAAUCCUGGAACACCUCUGAAUGGCACCAAAUACGGAGACAGCAGGCAGCCUGGUGACACUCUCACUUUCCAGUGUGACCCUGGGUAUCAGAUACAAGGAACAGCACAAAUAACAUGCAUGCAGAAAGAUAACCGCUUCUUCUGGCAACCAGAUCCACCAACUUGUAUAGCUGCAUGCGGGGGAAAUCUGACAGGUCCAACAGGUGUCAUUUUGUCACCAAACUAUCCACAAGCUUAUCCUCCAGGGAAAGAGUGUGACUGGAAAAUCAAAGUUAAUCCUGACUUUGUUAUUGCCUUGAUCUUCAAAAGUUUUAACAUGGAGCCAAGUUAUGAUUUUCUACAUAUUUAUGAAGGUGAAAACUCGAACAGCCCACUAAUUGGCAGUUUCCAAGGUUCUCAAGCACCAGAAAGAAUUGAGAGUAAUGGCAAUAGUCUUUUUCUGGCAUUUCGUAGUGAUGCAUCUGUCGGCAUGUCUGGAUUUGCCAUUGAUUAUAAAGAGAAGCCAAGGGAGUCAUGCUUUGAUCCUGGAACUAUAAUGAAUGGUAGUCGUGUUGGGACAGAUUUUAAGUUAGAAUCUAGUGUAACAUAUCAGUGUGAUUCCGGAUACAAGAUCACAGGCCCUUCAACUAUUACUUGUGUGCUUGGUGGAGAUGGAAAACCUGUGUGGAAUGCAACACUCCCUUCAUGUACUGCUCCCUGUGGAGGUCAGUAUACCGAAUCAGGAGGGAUGGUAUUAUCACCUAAUUAUCCUCAUAAUUACACAGCUGGCCAAGUGUGUCUUUACUCAAUCACAGUUCCAGAAGAGUUUGUGGUCUUUGGACAGUUUGCCUAUUUCCAGACUGCAAUAAAUGAUUCUGUUGAGUUAUUUGAUGGACCAAACCAGCAUUCCAGACUUCUCAGCUCAUUAACAGGAUCACAUUCAGGUGAAACAUUGCCUCUGGCCAGUUCCCAUCAGGUUCUACUUAAAUUCAGUGCUGGCAGCAGUACAUCUGCUAGAGGAUUCCACUUUGUUUAUCAAGCUGUUCCACAGACAAGUGAUACUCAGUGCGUUUCUGUUCCCGAGCCAAGAUAUGGAAGAAAAAUUGGUUCUGAGUUUUCUGCCAACUCUGUUGUUCGUUUUGAGUGCAAUCCGGGAUAUCUUUUACAAGGCUCCAAAGCUAUUGUCUGCCAGACUGUUCCAAAUGCCUUGGCUCAGUGGAAUGAUACAAUACCAACCUGUGUGGUGCCCUGCAGGAGAAACUUCACUGAGCGAAGAGGGACAAUUUUGUCACCAGGUUACCCUGAGCCAUAUGGAAACAGCUUGAACUGUGUGUGGAAAAUAACUGUGGCAGAAGGAGCAGGCAUACAGAUCCAAGUGGUGAAUUUUGCAACAGAACACAACUGGGACUCCCUUGACAUUUACGAUGGUGGAGAUAUGACCAUGCCAAGGAUAGGUAGCUUCUCAGGUACUACAGUGCCAGCUUUGUUGAACAGCACCUCUAACCAGCUCUACCUGCAUUUCCAAUCUGAUCUCAGUGUGGUUGCAGCAGGUUUUCACCUUGAAUAUAAAACUGUAGGUCUUACCGCCUGCCCAGAUCCUCAAACGCCCAGCAAUGGAAUUAAGAUUGGAGAGAGGUAUAUGGUCAAUGAUGUUGUGUCAUUUCACUGUGAACCAGGAUAUUCCUUACAGGGACAUGCACACAUAUCGUGUAUGCCAGGAACUGUUCGUCGUUGGAACUACCCCCCUCCUUUAUGCAUUGCCAAGUGUGGUGGAACACUGAGUAGCAUGGAUGGAGUGAUUAUAAGUCCUGGAUUCCCUGGAAACUACCCGAGUAACCUGGACUGCACUUGGAGGAUAUCGCUGCCUGUUGGAUAUGGUGCACAUGUUCAGAUGCUGAAUUUUUCUACGGAAGAAAACCAUGAUUUUGUUGACGUGCGGAAUGGGCCUUAUCAGACGAGCACUCUUAUUGGUCAGUUCAGUGGAAAUGAACUCCCACCAUCAGUUUUAACUACAACUCAUGAAAUACUUGUCCACUUUUACAGUGAUCGCACAGAAAACAGACAAGGCUUUAGGUUAAUCUACCAAGCAUAUGAAUUGCAAAAUUGUCCUGAUCCACAUCCAUUUUUGAAUGGGUAUGUCAUAAACUCAGACUACAGUGUUGGCCGGUCAGUAUCAUUUGAAUGUUAUCCUGGAUAUAUCCUCAUUGGUCAAAAUGUACUCAGCUGUCAACAUGGGACCAACAGAAACUGGAACUAUCCUUUUCCUCGAUGUGAAGCUCCAUGUGGCUACAACAUAACAGGUCAAAAUGGUACAAUUUAUUCACCAGGUUUUCCUGACGAAUAUCCCAAUUUCAAGGACUGCACAUGGCUUAUCACUGUACCUCAGGGUCAUGGAGUAUACAUUAAUUUUACUCUGCUACAAACUGAACAAGUAAAUGACUACAUCGCUGUUUGGGAUGGAACUGAUCAACAUUCAACACAGCUUGGCGUAUUCAGUGGAAAUACAGCACUGGAAACAGCAUACAGCUCAAGUAAUCAGGUUUUGCUGAAAUUUCACAGUGAUUUCUCAAAUGGAGGCUUUUUUGUCCUUAAUUUUCAUGCUUACCAGCUUAAGACGUGCCAGCCGCCGUCUGCUGUUUUGCAAGCCGAAAUUUUUCCAGAAGAGGACGAUUAUGAACUGGGUGAUGUUAUUAAAUAUCAGUGCCAUCCUGGGUUUAGCUUGGUUGGAGAUGAAUUACUAACCUGCCGAUUAGGAGUACAUCUUCAGUUUGAAGGGGCACCACCCAGUUGUGAAGCUCAGUGUCCUGCAAAUGAAAUUCGUACAGAUUCAUCUGGUGUGAUACUUAGCCCGGGAUAUCCAUUUAAUUAUCCCAACACUCAAACUUGCUCCUGGACAAUUAAAGUUGAAAAAGAUUACAACAUCACAAUUUAUGUAGAAAUGUUUCAAAGUGAAAAACAAUUUGAUGAGCUUGAAAUAUUUGAUGGCCCAACUGGUCAAAGUCCGUUACUGACGACUUUAAGUGGCAAUCACACUGUGCAACUGAAUUUUACAAGCAAAGGAAGUCAACUUUAUCUUCGCUGGUCAAGUGAUCAUGCCACAAACAAGAAGGGCUUCAAAAUACUUUACUCAGCUGUCUACUGUAGCUUGAACAGACUUCCAAAGAAUGGUGGCAUUUUAAACAAGACUGGAGUUUCUGUUGGAAGUGCAGUCCACUAUUACUGCAACCCAGGAUACAAAAUGGUUGGACGCAGUAAUGCAACCUGCAGGCUCCAUCCAAAUGGAUUAUACCAGUGGGAUUCACGGGUGCCAUUUUGUCAAGCUAUAUCCUGUGGCAUUCCAGAAGCUCCUGGAAACGGAUCAGCCUUGACUAAUGAAUACACUUUGGGAAGUACAGUGAACUAUGAAUGCAGUGAAGGCUUCAGGCUAGAAUCAAGUCAAAUGGCAACAGCUGCGUGUCAGGAAGAUGGUAUGUGGAGCAACAAAGACAAACCAGUCCAGUGUAAACCUGUGACAUGCCCUGGCACUGAGAGUCAGUUAUCCGAACACGUUACCUGGCGGCUCAUAUCUGGGUCACUGUAUGAAUAUGGAGCUAAAGUACUUCUUGGAUGUCAUCCUGGCUUUUAUUUGGAAGGUCCGAGGUACAUGCAGUGCACUAGCAAUGCUACAUGGAGUGGAGGAGAUGAGAAGCCCAUCUGCAAGGUUAUCUCAUGCGGAAGUCUAUCAUCCCCACCCAAUGGCAAUAAAAUUGGAACCUUAACAACAUAUGGAGCAACAGCCAUCUUUACUUGCAACACAGGAUACACUCUGGUGGGAUCUCACAUCCGAGAAUGCCAAGCAAAUGGGCUCUGGAGUGGUGCCGAAACGAGCUGUUUAGCGGGCCACUGUGGAUCUCCUGAACCUAUUGUAAAUGGUCACAUUAGUGGAGAUGGCUUCAGUUACCGAGAUACUGUAGUGUAUCAGUGCAUUGCUGGCUUUCGAUUAGUUGGUACCUCAGUCAGAAUAUGCCAACAGGAUCACAAGUGGUCAGGAAAACCCCCUGUUUGUGUUCCAAUUACCUGUGGUCACCCUGGAAAUCCUGUAAAUGGCCGAACCAAUGGCAGUCAUUUCAACUUCAAUGAUGUUGUAACCUUUACGUGCAAUAAAGGAUAUGUCCUUCAGGGUCCGGCAAGAUCACAAUGCAGAGCGACUGGACAGUGGAGGAGUCCUUUACCAAUAUGUCAAGUGGUAAAUUGUUCAGAUCCAGGGUUUGUAGAAAAUGCUAUUCGUCAUGGUCAGCAGAAUUACCCUGAAAGUUUUAGAUAUGGAAUAACUGUGAUGUAUCACUGCAAAAGAGGUUUCUACCUUCUUGGAUCAUCUGUACUGACUUGCCAAGCCAACGGAUUAUGGGAUCGAUCUCUUCCGAAGUGCAUACCAAUUUCCUGUGGACACCCUGGCCUACCCAUGAGUGCUAAUAUUAUUGGAGAAUCAUUUAUGUAUGGCUCUGCUGUUCAUUAUACCUGCUCUGGGGGUCGAACUCUAACCGGCAAUUCUACCAGAACUUGUAGGGAAGAUGGUCGGUGGAGUGGAUUCCUGCCACAUUGUUCAGGCAGCACUCCUGGUUUUUGUGAUGAUCCGGGAAUCCCAGCACAUGGAUCCAGAAUUGGAGAUGAAUAUAAAUCAAAAAGCAUUUUGAGGUUCUUUUGUGAAGCAGGGUACUUGUUGAGAGGAUCUGCAGAGAGAACUUGUCAAACAAAUGGAUCUUGGACUGGAACACAACCUGUUUGUGAAGCUGUGUCCUGUGGAAAUCCUGGGACUCCUGCUAAUGGAAUGAUUGUGUACAGUGAUGGGAUUGUAUUUUCUAGUUCAGUUGUUUAUGCCUGCUGGGAAGGUUAUAAGACUUCAGGCUUGACUACUCGACAUUGUACUUCAAAUGGAACAUGGACAGGUUCUGCACCAGAUUGCUCAGUAAUCAGCUGUGGUGAUCCAGGUAUAUCAUCAAACAGUAUUCGGUUUGGGGACGAUUUCACAUUCAACAAGACUGUUAGAUAUCAUUGCAACCCAGGCUAUCUAAUGGAACCUGCAGGAGCUUCAACAUUAUUCUGCAGAGCAAAUGGUACAUGGAACCAAACUAAACCAGACUGCAAAGCAAUCACAUGUAUUCAACCACCCUCUGUACAGAAUGGAAUUGUGGAGGGAUCUGAUUUUUACUGGGGAUCUAGUGUAAGUUACAGCUGCAUGGAAGGACACCAGAUCUCCAGUCCUGCUGUGCUUUCAUGUGAAGGAAAGGGUGUUUGGAGAGGCGAAGUACCACAAUGUAUACCUGUCUUCUGUGGAGAUCCAGGAAUUCCUGCUGAAGGCCGUCGAAGUGAUAAAGGAUUAACGUACAGAUCAGAGGUGUCAUACCAGUGCAAGUCUCCAUUUAAACUAGUUGGAUCUUCUAAGAGAACUUGCCAGGCAGAUGGAACCUGGAGUGGUGUUCAACCCACAUGCAUUGAUCCAGCCCAUAAUUCCUGCUCAGACCCUGGAACUCCACACUAUGGAAUUCAGAACAGCUCACAAGGCUAUGAAGUGGGGAAUGCUGUUUCUUUUAAAUGCAGAAAAGGUUAUCACAUUCAAGGGUCAACAUCUCGAGUCUGCCUUCCUAAUUUGUCUUGGAGUGGUAUACAACCAGAAUGUCUUCCUCAUUCCUGUCGUCAACCAGAGAAUCCUGCCCAUGUAGAUGUGAGAGCGAUAGAUCUGCCUACAUUAGGAUAUACUUUGAUUUAUACCUGUCAGGUUGGAUUUUACCUUGCAGGAGGAUCAGAGCAUCGAACAUGCAAAGGAGAUGCAAAAUGGUCAGGAAAAGCACCAGUCUGUAAAGUUGGGCCUAAAAUUAAUGGAAGGCAAAAGGGAACUGAUGCAGGAUCUCAGAGAAACAAAAUGCCUGUUCCUCCAGAUGUCUUCUCAAUAAAUUCUGUCUGGAAUGGCUUUUAUGAAUAUUUGGGGAAAAGGCAGCCUGCCACUUUGACGGUUGAUUAUUUCAAUGCCACAAAUAAUAAAGUGAAUGUAACCUUUAUUGAACCCAGUGGCAUACAGCUGAAACUGUCUGGUGCAUAUAAAAAAGAAGAAACACUAUUGCUUUUAAAAGUCUAUCACAUUAAGGGCCCUGUAGAAAUUUUCAUCAGCAAGUUUGAAAGUGACAAUUGGGCACUGGAUGGCUAUAUCACAGCAGAUGUAGAAACCAAGGGAUUCAUCUUUCAAGGAAUUGUUCAUGGAAGGGAUUUCGGAAAGUUUAAGUUUCAAAAACAAGAUCCUGUUACAUCAGUCACAGAUACUUCUAAUCACUAUUAUGGAACAAACAGUGGGUCAGUAGCAGCAGCGAUCCUUGUACCAUUCUUUGCUCUAAUACUAUCAGGCUUUGCAUUUUACCUCUAUAAACACAGAACAAGACCCAAGGUACAAUAUAAUGGUUAUGCAGGCCAUGAAAAUGCAAAUGGACAAGCUUCAUUUGAAAAUCCAAUGUAUGAUACAAACUUAAAACCCACAGAGGCUAAAGCUGUGAGGUUUGACACAACUCUAAACACUGUCUGCACAGUAGUAUAGCCUUCAAUCACAGCUGAGACUGAUCCAUAGCCAUACCUCUGAAUGACAAGCACUAACUCCUUUUGUGCCAUAUAACAUCCUUCCUUCCACUCUUGGAUUCACUGCAGUAAAUCUCUUAACAUCUUCUGUGUGGAUGGCUGCGACUAGAAAUUCAGUAAAGAUCAGACUGUUGUCUGAGAUCAUACCAAAAUGUUCCUCAUAUAAAGCUACAAAAGGAAGAUUAGAAGGUUCCAGCAGCACCUACACAGAGGCAGAAAUCAUUUACAGAAGACGUACUGGCUCCUACAAAGUCCCACAUCAUAUGUCUCAACGUUCCUUAUAAAGUAUGUUGCUGGGUGCUUACCAUUACAGAGUUUUGGUUAUCUACAUAGGUUCCUUCAGUACAUGGAGGGGGUAUUAAUCUGCAGUAUACUUUGUCAUGAUUUUGAAGGAUAAAAAGAAAUACAAGCUUCCUUAAGGGAUUCAAUUUUAUAUUCUUUAUGCAUUCUUUUCCUUCUUUCAUGCAAAAGGUACCACUAAAUCUAUCACAUCUGCAGCUGCCUGCUAUAUAGAAUAAAUUAUUCAUACAUAUGGCAGUUUGAAAGUUUUUUGAAUUUAAUAAAAUUAUCAGAAAAUGUACUGCACAAACAUUUUGCACUAAUGUAUAUUGGAUGAGUAUUGUUCUGGUUUAUGAAAAUAUGUACCUUACAGGGUGUAUAUACAAAAUUUGUGUACAUAGUCAUUCAUUCCCAUAUUCGUUCUCACUUCAUUUCAGAUCCAGAGUGUUUAGAAUUAUUAUUAUUAUCAUUUUUUUGUUUCCUAUUAUUGGCAGCAUACUUCACUGCACUGUUAUAUUUGAAGUAUAAUAUAGCAAACACAUUUACCUGGAGUAUGGUAACAAUCAUCACGACAGAAAUCCCCUUUGAAGCAUUCAUCUGCUUGAUAUAGCAUGCUGUUAUAUGCUGCUAAUGAAAUACUCUGGCCAGCAGCAUUAUCCAUAACACUACUGCAUUAAUCUGCAAAGUUUGCUAAAGUGGAAUUAAUACUAUCUGCCUACAUCAUGCUAUAUAUAUUUUUUCUUCACAAAUACCACAGACUGCAUUUAAAAAGGUGCUUUUAAUCUUCUUUCCUUAUUGGUAUUGGUGCCAUUUUUUUUUUGUUUUCAAGAACUACCUGUAAGAGUCAUACAAAUGCAUAAAAUCCUAAUAACUGUCAAACUACAACUGGGAAUCUAACAAAUUCUAGAAGCAAGUCAGAAACAUCUGUUGGUGAAAUCUGAACACAUGCAUUCAUAUGUUCCAGAUGUUAUUUAAAUGUCACAUUUGUAUUCCUCUGAACUGUUUUGCCACUGUAUUAUAUCCAUAACUUGAAAGAAGGCAACAUGUUGUGUGUCCCUCUAAGCACAUAAACAUAAUGCAUAAUUCCAUUUCAAAACUGGCAAAUAGGUUUAGUGGCCUAAUUAUCAAAAUGCUUUGAAGUAUUAUUAUGUAUGUCCUACAUAAGUGAAUUAUGUAUACCAGAAUGAUUAGUUUCCUUUUUACUCAAAUGAAUCAGUAUUUCCUUUUACUCAGAUUAUAAUUGCAUAUUUAUAGUCUGGAACAACAUGUAAGCUUCACGUACAAUAUAUUUUAUUUCUAUAUCCCCCCUGAAAUAUCAGGCAGCUGUGGAAUCUGUUGUUGAACCCCUUGCCUGCUAAUAAAUAAUAAUAAUUACCCAAAAUAAUUAUUCAUAUUAAUGAGACCUCAUUUAUGAUAAAGUUAAUAUUUAAAAUUAGAUACUAACAUUGGCUCUAGGUGAUUUGUUCACACUGACUAAUGCUGACGUGACACUAUAACCCCAUGUAAAAAUGAGAGAAAAGGGGGAUGAUGACAAUUUAAAUGACAAAAAUCACAUGAAACUGAAUUUUAGUCAUAUUAUGGCUUAUAUUGCUUGUAAUUGUAUCAUAUUCCUAUUCAAUAGAUGUAUGUAGACUAAACUUGGCAGUAGUUGUGAUAACAUUAAUUACAACACUGCACACAAUCCAAAUUUGUUUUUUUACAUUUAUGAUAUUAGGGGUAUAUCAGUCUCAUCUUGAAGCAGAUUAGAUGCUAUUUUGUUAAACGCUGUAUAGGACAGAUAAGUAAAUAGGACACACUUCUUUAUUAUGACUUCUCUGUUUCAUAAAACCUGUGUUCUAAAUCCAAACAAUAAACAUUCAUGGUUUUAGAAAUGGUAGUGAACAUCAUAAAUAUGACAAAAUUACAAAAUACAGAGUGAUUUUCUACAGACAAAAAGUGUCAAUGUUAUUAAAUUAGCAGUAUGAUUCAUAUAACUUAAAAUGUAUAAAAUGAUUUAGGAUUCUCUUGACUGAUUUGGUUAUUUGGCCUUAGGAAGAUGUACCGGUUUUAUUUUAACUGUGGUAUAUUACAUAGAUGUAAGUCAGUUGUCUGAAAGUAAGUUAAUUCAUUUAAUUGCACAAAAUCUUCAUUGAAUACAUUUUGCCAAAGAAAACAUUAACAAAUGCCAUUUGUUGAAAAAAGAAAAGGUAUUAAAAUAGAAUUUUACUUAGGAUGAGACCACUCAACACUUGUCUAUGCAGUGGGCUGAUACAAUACACCUAAAAAUGGCAAACCCAACAUGCACUGACCAUCAUUUCAUAGAAACUUUGCUAAUUUGAAGUCAUUUCUGCCUUAAAGGUGGCUUUAUUUAUAAAAUCUCAUCCAUGUGAAAUACGGUAAUUGUGAACCAAGAAUAAGCAGCAGACAGUUUUGUGCAGUUUAUGCCAUUAUGUAAACAGGACAAAGGUUCUCGACUUACUUAUGUCUUAAUUAUGGCUGCUUUAUAAAUCUUAAGAUUUUAAUACAGUAAUACGGAUUUGAUAAGUUGGUGGCAAUAACUUAUUUCACUGGGAGACAGCAACUAAUAAAUGUUUCUUACAAGGAAAGAUGGUGCCUGAAGGGGGUUUUGAUGGAUUUAUUCUAUGGUGAUGGUGUAAAACAUGGUUUUAUGAAGAACUGAAUAUUUAUUUUAUCAGAUAAUUGGCCACAAUCUAUCAUUAUAAUUUGAUGGCAGGCCAUUCAGUUUUAGUGUGAGUGAAAUGUACAGCCUUCCCUGUGACUGCUGCUAUCAUUUAGGUAACAGUACAUAAAGUUUCUCAUCUUUAGAAGGGUAAUCUCUCUCUCUUUCCCUGUCUCUCUCUCUCUCACAUACACACACACACACACACAC